ACCUCAUGCAUGGAUCCAAGCAGAAAUCCCAGUAAGAAAGAGCGACAGGGGGAGAGAAAGGAGUUUAGAAAAGACCUGCAGCAGAAGGAGCGACUCUGACUAGAAGCGCCUCUGAAGUUCAGCAGAAACAGAAUCUGAGGAUCAUUUUCUAAAAACCGCUUCUAGCCACAGACCGACCAUGAUCCGGGUUCUGGACGCCGUCCUGCCGGCGCUGCUCGCCGCCUCCCUGCUGUGGCGCAGCGCGUCCGGCGGCUACGGGAUGAUGAGCCUGUUCGCGGCGCAGACCGCCCCCCCGGACCCCUGCUACGACGAGCACGGGAACCCGCGGCGCUGCAUCCCGGACUUCGUCAACGCCGCCUUCGGGAAGGAGGUGAAGGUGUCCAGCACCUGCGGCAGGACGCCGAGCCGCUUCUGCGUGGUGACCUCCGCGGAGAAAGGAGAGCAGGAGCGGAGCCGCGACUGUCACACCUGCGACGCGUCCGACCCCAAGCGGGGCCACCCUCCCGCAUACCUGACGGACCUCAACAACCCGCACAACCUCACCUGCUGGCAGUCCGACAACUUCGUCCAGUUCCCGCAGAACGUCACCCUGAGUCUGUCCCUGGGGAAGAAGUUUGAGGUGACCUACGUCAGCCUGCAGUUCUGCUCCCCGCGCCCCGAGUCCAUGCUCAUCUCCAAGUCCAUGGACUACGGGAAAACCUGGGUGCCCUUCCAGUUCUACUCCACGCAGUGCAGGAAGAUGUACAACAAGCCCAACAGGGCGGCGAUCACCAAGCAGAACGAGCAGGAGGCCGUUUGCACGGACUCCCACACCGACAUGUUCCCGCUGAGCGGCGGCCUCAUCGCCUUCAGCACGCUGGACGGCCGCCCGUCCGCGCACGACUUCGACAGCUCCCCGGUGCUGCAGGACUGGGUCACGGCCACGGACAUCAGAAUCACCUUCAGCCGCCUGCACACGUUCGGCGACGAGAACGAGGACGACUCGGAGCUGGCGCGGGACUCCUACUUCUACUCCGUGUCGGACCUGCAGGUCGGCGGCCGCUGCAAGUGCAACGGGCACGCGUCCCGCUGCGUCAAGGACCGGGACGGCAGCCUGGUGUGCGAGUGCAAGCACAACACCGCGGGGCCGGAGUGCGACAGGUGCAAACCCUUCCACUACGACAGGCCGUGGCAGAGAGCCACGGCGCGCGAGGCCAACGAGUGCGUGGCAUGUGAUUGCCAUCCCGUGGGCGCUGCUGGCAAAACCUGUAACCAUACCACAGGACAAUGUCCCUGUAAAGAUGGCGUGACGGGUAUCACUUGCAACCGCUGCGCUAAAGGCUACCAGCAGAGCCGCUCACCCAUUGCCCCCUGCAUAAAGAUUCCAGUUUCUCCACCGACGACUCCGUCCAGCAUCACCGAGGAGCCGUCAGACUGUGACUCUUACUGCAAAGCAUCAAAAGGGAAACUGAAAAUCAACAUGAAGAAAUACUGCAAGAAGGAUUACGCUGUCCAGGUGCACAUCCUGAAGGCGGACAAAGUGGGCGAAUGGUGGAAAUUCACCGUCAACAUCAUCUCCGUCUACAAGCAGGGGGAAAGCCGCAUCCGGCGGGGGGAUCAGUUCCUGUGGGUCCGAGCGAAAGACGUGGCCUGCAAGUGUCCCAAGAUCAAGCCCGGGAAGAAGUACCUGCUGCUGGGGAACGACGAGGACUCCCCCGGCCAGAGCGGCGUGGUGGCCGACAAAGGCAGCCUGGUCAUCCAGUGGAGGGACACGUGGGCACGCCGGCUUCGGAAGUUCCAGCAGCGCGAGAAGAAAGGCAAGUGCAAGAAGCCAUAGGUGGAGAAAAAAACAGAAAAACAGGCCGAGCUGGAGAAGAAACGGGAAUCCUGAACAGGUUUUCAAAAAGAACCGAGGAGCCGGGACAGAGGACACUGUUUAUGUUGCUGCUUUUUGUUUAGAAGCAUGAAGAGAAUAAUUUAGGAUGAUUUGUAUUUUCUAGUGAACUUUUGCUGAAGGAGCUCACUUUGCAGAUUUGGCUUCAUGGUUUAUUUUACCCCGACAUUUUUCCCUCUUGUGGAAUUUGGCAAAUUUGCACCUAUUACCAUAUAAAACAUUAUUUGUGUUUGUUUACUUUACUCUACUAUGAAAAGCUUGUAUUGUAUGCUCUCAGUUUUUUGGGCAAAGGACAAAAAGAUUCUUCAUUACAGCUGCAAUAUUGCCUCUGCAUGUAUUGAUUUUUUUUUAUGUAUUUUUCACAGAGAACACUGCAAAAAAUUUAAUUCUAAAUAAGUUUUUUUUUAUUUUUAAAUGCAUUUUGUUUUGAAUUGA